AUGACGGGCGCAGAUCAGAACCUGGUGCCCUCACUGCUUGAGAGUCCAUACAAAGAAACACCGUUUCUCCUGGACUAUGAAAAAAGUGAGUGUGGCACGAACCACCUUCUGAGAGUUUAUUACGUGCACGAGGUGCUGGCACUUCAGUGGCUGGAGCCUGACUCUGGAGAGAGUACAGGAGGAGCCAGCGGUUGCGGUCAGGCUAGCAGGCUGCUGAUCCUCGCCUCCAUCCCUGUAGCUGAAGAGGAAACAGGUGGUCACCGGCCGCGGCCGGAGUGUGGCUGCAGCGAGGUGAGCAGUGGCCGUGGCCACACUCUUCCUUGCACACGGCAGUCGGGCAUGGCCUGUAGGGCCACGAGUGACCCAGACCCCUGGAUGCCAAUCAGGGCGACGAGCCGGAAGAGUAGCUUUUCUCGUGUUCACAUACAGGAGGCGGAUUCAGGGGCUGUGCUGGUCCACCUGGACAGGCUCACGAGAGCCAAACGCUCUACCACCAGAAAUCGGCAGGCUUGUUGUUAG